CCUACUGCGUGGUGCCGCUGAGCCCCGCGCUGGGGCUGCUGCAGUUCGUGCCGGGCACCCGGCCGCUGCAGGCCGUGCUGACGGACACCCCACAGCGGGCGGAGCAGGAGGCGCAGGCCUCUGAGCAGUAUUCGCUGUUCAUCAAGGCCGCAUCGCUGUCCGAGGGACCGGACCAGCUGCAGCGCACCCUGCAGCAGCUGCAACUGCAACGCCAGCAGCAGCAGCAACACCUCCACGUGCACCACCACGCGAUGCCCGCCGGGCCGCGGGAAUUCUACCAGAUGUACGUCAACGCGGAUGCGGCAACCACCGUACGGAUGUUUAAACAGAUCUCCUCCCUGCUUCCUCCCUCCCUGCUCCGCACCACCCUCCUCCGCUCCUGCGGCCACACCCCCGAGCUCUUCCUGGCUCGCCGCGCCCGCCUGACCUCCUCGCUGUCCGCCGGCUGCUGCUGGGGCUGGCUGGCAGGGGCGGGCGACCGGCACCCGGGCAACCUGCUGCUGCAGCCCGCCACCGGGGCGCUGGUGCACAUCGACUUUGGGUACAGCUUCGGAUCCGCGACACAGGU